AUGUGUUCUGGUGCCCUUCCAAUGGAUUCCUCAGAAAUUGUUGGAGUAAAGAAAAAUUCCUGUUGCAGUAAUGGAGAGGAAAAGCAUUCUUUAAUGUUCGGAAAUAUGUCUUUUUUUGAUGAUGUACAUCCUGCUUAUUGGGGUUUUCGUACUCCACAAAGCGAAACUUAUUAUUCGUGUACGGGUGCUAUUGAAGAUGAACCUAAAUCUCCCGCCUCUUCCGGUACUUCUUCCUUUGGAAGCAAUAGAAAUUCUUUGGAUGUCUUUAGACGUCUUGAAAUGUUAGGCGAAGGCAGUUAUGCUACUGUUUGGAAAAGUGAAAAUCGAAUUGACGGGUCAAUUGUUGCUUUAAAAGAAAUUAGACUACAAGAACAGGAAGGACUUCCAUUUACUGCUAUCCGUGAAAUUUCUCUUUUACGUGCACUUCGUCAUGCAAAUAUUGUACGUCUACAUCAAAUAAUCAUUCAACAACCAAAAGCUUUAGUCCUUGUUUUUGAAUAUAUGAAAACUGAUCUCGCCAAAUAUCUCGAAAAUUAUUCUCCAAAUGGUUUGGAUCCAUUACAAACUAAAGUUCUUUUAUUUCAAUUACUUCGCGGGUUGGCUUUUUGCCAUGAAAGGAAAAUUUUACACAGAGAUCUCAAACCCCAAAAUUUACUUCUUUCAAUAGAAGGAGAACUUAAAUUAGCAGAUUUUGGAUUGGCUAGGGCUAAAUCUGUUCCUAGUCGAACAUAUUCACAUGAUGUUGUUACUUUAUGGUAUCGGCCACCAGAUGUACUUCUCGGUUCCACUGUUUAUUCAACUUCUUUAGACAUUUGGGGGGUUGGAUGUAUUUUUGCUGAAAUGUGUAGCGGUUCUGCUUUAUUUCCUGGUGCUAAUGAGGUAUCUGAUCAACUUCACAAAAUAUUUUCUGUUCGUGGCCUUCCAAAUUUGGAAUUGUGGCCAGAAGUUGUUAAUUUACCUAAAUGGUCACUUUUUACUUUUCCAAAUACUUAUAUUGAACUCGAUUUAUUAACUUAUCAGCCAGCUUUUUAUAAAUUGGGUGAUGAAGGAUUAAAAUUAAUUACACAGUUAUUACAAUUAAAACCAACUGAUAGAAUAUCUGCAGAAGGGGCAAUGCUUCACAAAUAUUUUGAAGAAUUACCAAAAACAUUACAUGCUUUAUUACCUAAUGAAUCAGUAUUUUCUGUAAUUAAAAACUGUCCUUUUAAAUGGAAUAACAACAAAAUUAAAAAUUUAAAUAAUUAUUUUGAUACAAAAUUAGUACAAAAUAUUGAUGGAUUUACAAAUAAUUAUUUUUGA